CUUGGUGUGUAUUUGAGGCUGCGUAUUCCUCACUGUAAAUCAAUCAAGAAAGAUGAAUAAAAUUGAGCCUUUCAACAUGGCAUCAGAGCAUGCUUUUUCGAUCCUAAUUGGUGAACUCAGAAAUUGAUUCGUCACAGUUCAAUACCCCUCUCAAACCCUUCGACCAAAACCAAGGCAGACACUCCAUCCAUACCUGCAAUGGCAGACAACAAAGAAGAGAAGCCAUAUGUAGAGGAUUCGAGAUUAAGGAUGAGUAAACAAGUUACUCUGGCAGUCAAGCUCAAUGGACACAACUAUCCUCUCUGGCACAAACUGAUGAGGAUAGCCAUCGGAGGAAGACGGGCAAACCGAUACAUCACGGGCGUACCAGAACCACCACUACCGGGGGCAAAAGACUAUGCCGAAUGGGAGGAGACCGACAUGAUAGUAUUCUCGUGGAUAGUCGACAAUAUCGAAACUGAUAUUGUUGUGGAUUUUGCGCACCACCAAACCGCACAAGCUCUGUGGGAGAGCUUGUUCGUCACCUUCGCAAGCACUUACGAUCCGUACCUGUUGUAUGAUUUGGAGGAAAAGGCGAGUAAGAUAGUGCAAGGAGAACAAGGACUCGAGACUUACUGGCGGCGUCUCCAUGGAAUGUGGAUCGAGAUAGAUCGAUGCGAAAAUCGACCAAUCGAUUGUUGCGACAAAGGGGUCGGACAGUUUCGAACAUACAUCGGGACAAGGCGAUUGUUCAAAUUUCUCACCGGAUUGAACGAAAAAUUCGAUGGAAUCCGGCGAGAUAUCCUCAAAGAACAGCCGCUGCUCUCAGCCGAAGUUGCGUACGGUAGGGUGAAACGAGAGGCUACCCGGCUCAAAAUAAUGCCGCCGGCAGCAAACUCGGACCUCCCAAUCGGCGCGACGAACGGCGAUUCAUCAUCGGGCAGAGUAGGACUCGGUUUCGCUGCCCGGAAUCUACCUCAGCAACGACACAAUCAAUCGCCACCACCACGCGCCACCGGACCCAACCGCAAGACAGGAUUUAAACCGGACAAAUCGAAAUUGUGGUGUUCUCACUGUGGGAAGCAGAAGCAUACCAGAGAAUCGUGCUUCCUCUUGGUCGGAUUUCCCGAUUGGUGGGACGAAAACCAAAAGGCGAAAGCCCGAUUAGCGAUCGGGAUGGAGGAAGGCGGAAGCGGUGGACUAUUUCCAGUCGGAGGGGGCAACCGCGAGGCCACCAACCCUCGGGGGAGGAACGGAGAUGGAGAUUCCCGAACCGGCGGGGGCGGCAAGCGUGGGGAGGCGGACGUGAUCAGAGAAGCAGCGUUCGCCGAGAGGAGAGGAGCUGUCGGGAUAGGAGGAUAUCAGGACGAGGAGGAUAAUUGGGCGUGGCACUGAGCGUCAAG